AUGAUGUCGUACAGAGACUUUCGUGUUUCACACGUAUUGUCACACCAUCUUUAUACUAAUACUUUGAUGGAUUUUGAAAUAAGCUCGCUGGAACCAAUUCUAUUUUUUAAUCCAAGGAAGGAUAAACCUAUACAUGCGAAGUUUGGACUUUUUACGGAAUUUUUAUUUUUUCCGUUCAUAUUCCCCUUGAGUUUUAUUAAAAGGAGUUUAUCGAUAUUUCUCAGAAAAGGUUUUUACAAAGAACAUUACCGUUGGCAUGAUGUCCUAAGUUUCCUUCUGCCUUUAUGGAUGUGGGUAGUUACAGGAAGUGCUCUGGUAACAGUUAUAUACCAUUGGCUGUAUAUCGUUUGCACGAGUAGUUUAUUAUUUCAUUUAAUUGGGAUCAAUGCUGCUCACCAUCAUCCUGAUGCUAUAAAAGAUGGAGAUCAGCCAAGGAGUGAAACUCCAGACUGGGGCGAGCACCAAUUGGAAGCACUUCUUGAUCGUAAAGAUAUAAACUCGAACACAUUUGCCGUGGUUACGCUUUUUGGAGAGCAUGCCCUACACCACAUGUUUCCAACUAUUGAUCAUUCAGUACUCAAAUAUUUACAUCCUGUCUUUUUGAAAGUAUGUGAAAAGUAUAAAGCCAACUAUAGGAUGUCAACGCAGUUUCAAAUGGCACUCGGACAAAUUAAGGAAACUAUGCGUACUGACUUUAGAGCUUUAAGU